CGCCGCCACCGGCCACAGCAGCUCUCUCCAGCCUUGGCCCAGCCUCGCCGCCCGCCUGCCGCCACCAUGAGCCAGGCCUACUCGUCCAGCCAGCGCGUGUCCUCCUCCUACCGCCGCACCUUCGGGGGUGCGCCUGCCUUCCCGAUGGGCUCCCCGCUAGGCUCGCCCGUCUUCCCACGCGCGGGCUUCGGCUCUAAGGGCUCCUCCAGCUCGGUGACCUCGCGCGUCUACCAGGUGUCGCGCUCGGCCGGCGGGGCUGGCGGGCUGGGCUCGCUGCGGGCCAGCCGGCUGGGCACCGCCCGCGGGCCUUCGUCCUACGGCGGGGGCGAGCUGCUGGACUUCUCGCUGGCCGACGCCGUCAACCAGGAGUUUCUGACGACGCGCACCAACGAGAAGGUGGAACUGCAAGAGCUCAACGACCGCUUCGCCAGUUACAUCGAGAAGGUGCGCUUCCUGGAGCAGCAGAACGCGGCGCUCGCCGCCGAGGUCGGCCGCCUCAAGGGCCGCGAGCCCACGCGCGUGGCCGAGCUCUACGAGGAGGAGCUGCGGGAGCUGCGGCGCCAGGUGGACGUGCUCACCAACCAGCGCGCGCGCGUCGACGUCGAGCGGGACAACCUCAUUGAUGACCUGCAGCGCCUCAAGGCCAAGCUGCAGGAGGAGAUCCAGCUGAGAGAGGAAGCAGAGAACAAUUUGGCUGCUUUCCGAGCGGACGUGGAUGCGGCCACCCUCGCUCGCAUAGACCUGGAGCGCAGAAUCGAGUCUCUCAACGAGGAGAUCGCGUUCCUGAAAAAGGUCCACGAAGAGGAGAUCCGUGAGCUGCAGGCCCAGCUUCAGGAGCAACAGGUCCAGGUGGAGAUGGACAUGUCCAAGCCAGACCUCACGGCCGCCCUCAGGGACAUCCGGGCUCAGUAUGAGACCAUCGCGGCCAAGAACAUCUCAGAGGCCGAGGAGUGGUACAAGUCGAAGGUGUCCGACCUGACCCAGGCGGCCAACAAGAACAACGAUGCACUACGCCAAGCCAAGCAGGAGAUGAUGGAGUACCGACACCAGAUCCAGUCCUACACAUGCGAGAUUGAUGCCCUCAAGGGCACCAACGAUUCCCUGAUGAGGCAGAUGCGAGAGAUGGAGGACCGCUUCACCAGCGAAGCCAGCGGCUAUCAGGACAAUAUCGCUCGGCUGGAGGAGGAGAUACGGCACCUCAAGGAUGAGAUGGCCCGUCACCUGCGAGAGUACCAGGACCUGCUCAACGUCAAGAUGGCACUCGAUGUGGAGAUUGCCACCUACCGGAAGCUGCUGGAGGGCGAGGAGAGCCGGAUCAGCCUCCCCAUCCAGACCUUCUCGGCCCUCAACUUCCGAGAAACCAGCCCUGAGCAGAGGGGCUCCUCCGAGGUCCACACCAAGAAGACAGUGAUGAUUAAGACCAUUGAGACCCGAGACGGGGAGGUCGUCAGUGAGGCCACACAGCAGCAGCACGAGGUGCUGUAAACAGAGACCCUGCAGCCAGAGACCACCUCCGUCCUCCUCACCGCUUCCGGAAACCAGCCUCCUCCCUCCUCAGUGCCACCCCCCAGCCACGGCCCUCCCCUCACAGCCUCUGAUGCCUCCUCACCCACCCUCACAGUCCCCACAGGGCACCUGGCCUGCCCCUGUCCCGCCACAGGGCGUACCCCCACCCCUCUGCUAACUCCAGCCGUGGGAGUCCUGGACGCUGGACUGGCCACCCUCGCUGCCUGCCUGCCCUUCAGCAUGGUGGCCCUGCUCCACUUUGUGUCCUGGGCUGGGUGGAGAAGGAGCUGGAGCCAGAAGGGUGACUGCCUCCAGCCUCCCUACCUCUGAGACCUCAGGCUCUGGCCUCUGGCAUGGGAGAGGGCACCCUGAGCUGGGGGUGGGGCAGCACAGGGGCAGGGUUGAGCCUUGCAGACCUUCAUGGGAGAGGGGCUGCCACUGCAGGAAGCUGGCCGCCUGUGGAGACGGUCCCCAGGGCCCCUUUCCCUUCCCCCUCCCUACCCUUCUCAGGGUGGGGCUUAGAAAGGGUGAGGCAAGACGAGGGAACCCCCGAAGGUGCUGGAUGUGGGAGCAUGAGGUGCAGAAGGAAGGAGGGCGGUGGGAUGCUGGAGAGGAAAGGAGGGGCGGAGAGCGGUCUCUGGCAGGGGGAGGGUGCCUGCAGCCCGCACCUGCACCUCCCCCCUGCCAGGCUCUGGUCAGAAACAAUAAACAGAAGCACAAGCCUA